CGAUUGACCCACUUACUCUUCUUCUGCGCUGGAUCUUGAUUUCUCCGCCUCCGCCUUGAAUCAUUUCACUUUCCUGCCCCCAAAGCACUAUAUGCUGGAGACCAACAUCAGCGUCUUUACGGUGGAUGCAUAGUACGUAGCCGGACUGGGCAUGGCGCAGAUAAGACAUGGCAACUUGGCGAAUCUCACGAAACGUAUGAGAACCGGACAUCAUAGAGAACCUCACUGCCUGGAACGAUUACAGCGCUAUACCGGCCCUACCACAGGUGCUCAACCCAACUUCCCGAGUCAGACAGGUGGCAUGCCGCACUUCGGCAAGCUGCAAUUUGCUUUGUCAAUUGUGAAUCUGAACCUGCGGGACGUAACACGUUCACACAGGGCUGCUUCCAAAGCUGAAUUCACGAACAACUGUCUCGGGGGAGGGUAUCCACCCACCACAGAGGAACAUAUCUACGCGUCCCAAGGAUGCAGUCGCAUGAAAGGACAUCCUGCCGGGGGGGCCAACCAAGCAUCUGAUGAGUCGAUACUUUGUCGUUCGUCGUCAGCGCGUAGGCCCUUGCUAUUGUGGACAUACGACGACAAUGGCAACGUGAAGGAUCGUCCGUGGCUCGACUGUCUAUGGACUUCGGUUUAUUUGCUGUGGUGGCGCGGCCUCUAUAGAGCUGUCGUCAGUCUUGACCCUAGAUUGGAUUUGUAUGUUGGAAUCUCACACUCUGCACGGAACCUCAUAACCACUAUCGUGUUCGUCAAUAACCCGCGUAACACAAUCAAGAUAAUUAACGCUAAGGCUACCCAGAGCGACAAUAUGCAGACUCUGCAUCUACGUAUGAAAUGAACGCUUGUGAGCUCCGUGAUAAUGCUCGGGUCGUAUGAUCCGUGCUGUCAAGAACAGCGUCACAAGGGCUGGUAGCCAUCGGGUAGCAAGGUGUUUAUCACGUGGCGACGUCACUCAACGCCUUCUUUCUACAAUAUGCAGCAUGUGCACUCUACGACAUCUACUCACCGGUGCUGAAUUAGGUUGCCUUUCGGU